UGUGUUGUGGGGAAGCUGGGAAGAAAGAAAAAGACAGCUUUCGGGGCACGAUGGGAAAGGGGAAGAGAGAAGAGAGUCCUCUGCCACAUGAUGUGCGGUUCAGUGGUUUUGGCUAAACCAGCCGACUAUUUGGAUGCUUUUGAACGCUGUUGUGAAGAUAAUAGUAUAAAAGGGGUUUCGAUUCUGUUUCACGGAUUUUUUACAAUUCAUGUUUUUGGAGCGGUUGUCCGCCAUUCCAUCGUCCCCCGCGCGCUUUCUAUUUUUUCGAUUACUGCUAUUCUUAUAGGGAUACCCAGCGGGAGCCUCUGCGGAGGAGAGAGAUCUGAUGUCCCUUUUGUUCGCCCUGGAGGACACACACAGGGCACCAAAUUAUGGUAUUCUUGAUAGCGCACCCAUACCACAGGGGUUGUGUUUUCACUGGGACAAUUUUGACCCAAUUUUUACUAGAUAG